CACUACAAAUACCCAGCAACCCAGCUUUGUCUGAUCGAUCAGAUCAGGCACAGCACUGCAGUGAAAUCGAUCACUAGUCGUGGUGGUAUCAACUAUCAAGUGUGCAAGAAAAAAUGGCGGGAGCAGUGGCAACUGUCAGUGUGGGGCUCGCGUGGUUGGGUCUCAUGGCCGCAGCGGCGAGCGCGACGCAGUUCAGAGUCGGAGGAGGCAGAGGCUGGAGCGUCCCCGACGCCAACGCCGAGCCGUACAACUCGUGGGCCGGCAGGAUGAGGUUCCAGAUCGGCGACCAGCUGCUGUUCGUGUACCCGAAGGAGAUGGACGCGGUGGUGGUGGUGGAUCAGGGGGCGUACGACGCGUGCAACACGUCGUCGUCGGUGGCCGGCGGCGGCGGCGGAAGGUACGACGACGGCAACACGGUGUUCACGUUCGACAGGUCGGGGCCCUUCUUCUUCAUCAGCGGCAACGAGGCCAACUGCCGCGCCGGCGAGAAGCUCGUCGUCGUCGUCAUGGCAGACCGCGGCGGCCGCCACGCGCCUCCGCCGUCGCCGCCGGCUGUGCCUCCUCCCGUCGCGCCGGUGCCGAUGCCGAGCCCGGCGUCGUCGCCACCGUCGCCUGCGCCAGCCGCCGCCACCCCGAGCUUGGCGCCGUCUCCGGUAGCUACGACGCCGAGCCCAUCGCCGUCGGUUUCACCUAUGGCGCCGGCGCCUGCUCCGACGACGUCAACACCGAGCUCGCCACCGGCGCCAGCGGCCAUGGCACCGUCGCCGUCAACUACCCCUGGAGGCGUGGCCCAGCCGCCGCCGCCGCCGGGGACCGAUGGGGCGAACGCGACGACGCCGGCGGCGCCCGCAGCCAACGACCGGAGUGGCGCCGCCGCCGCUGCUCCGGUGGUGGCCGGCGUCGUCGUCACGUCGCUGGGAGCAUACAUCGGCUACGCCAUGCUAGCUAUCUGAAGCUUUCUGCUUCUGCAGUGACGUGUUCUUUUAUUUGUGCAGUGUAAAGUUAAAUGAAAUCGAGUGGUAUAUUGUUACAGAUACCGUAGAGACUAGAGAGGAUUAUCUCUGGAUUUGUUUUUGCAUUGGUGGAAUAAUGAUAGUGAAAUAAAAAUGUGGUUGAGUACUUGAGUCA